CACCACCCCAACCCUGGUGACCCCCUUCAUUGGCCAAUCACCCACGGGCAAGGUCGCCAUGACCAACUUGUUCAGUGCCUUCAAGUUUGACCAAUCAAACACGGUCUAUUUUCAGUGUCAGGCAGCCUUGUGUUAUGAUUCGGACCUGCGAUGUCUUGGGAGCCACUGCAGCCUCUCCGUGAGACGAAAACGUGACGCGGCCCCUGAGAAUGUGGAGAUUGUGGGAGCUGUGGUUGUGGUUGUGGACAAUCUCAACGCCACAUGUGGUGCUGAUUGUGUUUUAAAUCGAGCAGCCCUUGAAGAUGAGCUCGUCAGACGAAACACUACAGUCGUGGCCGGUCCGUCGCAAGCUGGGUCGUGCAGUGACUGGGGUCUCUCAGCUAUUAUAGCUGUGGCCGUUAUGGCUGUGGUCACAGCUAUAGCCACGCUUGUUACCACGUUCUUCAUCUUUGAACGCCGACAAAAUAAACAGAAUUGUGAUCAUUAAUUGACACUUGAAAUUUUCUUCGUUCGGACAGUAGAAGGGAAACUACUACCGCUGAAUAUUAACGAACAUUAAAGAAUUG